AACUCUUGGACUCCAGCUCCCAUCCUGCUUCAACUUCCUGAGUGACUGGGACUACAGCCCCACCCCACAACAUGGAGCCACAGGUCACUCUAAAUGUUACUUUUAAAAAUGAAACUCAAAGCUUUCUGGUUUCGGAUCCAGAAAAUACAACGUGGGCUGAUGUUGAAGCUAUGGUCAAAGUUUCAUUUGAUCUGAAUACUAUUCAGAUAAAGUACCUGGAUGAGGAAAAUGAGGAGGUGUCCAUCAAUAGUCAAGAAGAAUAUGAAGAAGCACUUAAGAUGGCCAACAUUAAGCAAGGAAACCAACUACAGAUGCAAGUCCACGAAGGGUACCAUGUUGUAGAUGAAGCAUUCCCCCAAAUUGUAGAAAAACAAGCGACUGCCAGGACAGGGAAGAAGCCACUUGCACAUUAUUCUUCAGUGGUGAAAGUCCUGGGAUCAGAUAAAAAGCCCGCAGAGGAGCCUGCAGCACAGCCAUGUCCACUUCCUCCUUGUGACACAGAGCAGCCUCAAGACAAGCCCCCAGACUGGUUCACAAGCUACCUGGAGACGUUCAGAGAACAAGUGGUUAAGGAAACGGUUGAGAAGCUUGAACAGAGGUUGCAGGAGAAGCUUGUCCUCCAGAAGUCACCCUUAGAUUCCUCCCGCUCUGAAGUCUCAAUGCCUGUUUCAGAGGACACACUGUUCAACUGGCAUAUUGCUUGCAGCCGCUGCCAAAAAAGGAUCAUUGGUGUACGUUACCAGUGUAGCCUGUGCCCAUCCUACAACAUCUGUGAAGAUUGUGAAGCUGGACCAUAUGGCCAUAACAAAAACCAUGUUCUGCUAAAGUUGCGAAGACCUGUUGUGAUUUCCUACGAGCCAUUUUCCCACUUAAAGUGUCCUCCUCGUCUGCCUCCCGCUCUUGAACAAGUCAGGCUCCAGAAGCAGGUGGAUAAGAACUUUGUGAAAGCAGAAAAGCAAAGGUUACGUGCUGAGAAGAAACAGCGGAAAGCAGAGGUCAAGGAGCUUAAAAAGCAGCUUAAGCUCCACAGGAAGAUUCAUUUGUGGAAUUCGAUCCACGGAUUCCAGAGUCCCAAGUCCCCUUUGGGCCGACCUGAGAGCUUGCUGCAGUCUCACACCCUGAUGCUUCCUUUGCAGCCCUGUGCCCCAGUUAUGCCAACGCUCAGUGCAGCAUUUGUGGAUGAGAACUUGCCUGACGGGACUCAUCUGCAACCAGGAACCAAGUUUAUCAAACACUGGAGGAUGAAGAACACAGGAAAUGUGAAGUGGAGCACAGACACAAAGCUCAAGUUCAUGUGGGGAAACUUGACAUUGGCUUCUACAGAGAAGAAGGAUGUUUUGGUUCCCUGCUUGAAGGCUGGCCAUGUGGGGGUGGUGUCUGUGGAGUUCAUCGCUCCAACCUUAGAGGGAACAUACACUUCGCAUUGGCGUCUUUCUCACAAAGGCCAGCAGUUUGGGCCUCGAGUCUGGUGCAGCAUCAUAGUGGAUCCGUUCCUCUCUGCUGAGAACCCCGAGAAUGUUGAAAGGGGCCUGAUCAGCUCGGGCAAAGCUGAUGACUUCACCUGUGAGCCAGAGGAAGGUUUUCUUCUAGCUGAAGAAGCGAUUCCAUUAGGUGAAGUGACAAAGCAGACAGAAGGGAAAGGAACCAGCAUCCCACAAAAGACACAGAAUGUUAACAACGAGAGAGAACUGUACAUUCCAUCUGUGGACCUUCUGACUGCCCAGGACCUGCUGUCCUUUGAGCUGCUGGAUAUAAACAUUGUCCAGGAAUUGGAGCGAGUGCCCCACAACACCCCUGUGGAUAUGACUCCCUGCAUGUCUCCUCUGCCACAUGACAGUCCUUUAAUAGAGAAGCCAGGCUUGGGGCAAAUACAGGAAGAGAGUGAAGGGGCGGGAUUUAAAGCACUUCCUGAUUGCACCGUAUCAACAAAGAGGAAGGCUGAGGCUCCUGCUUCAGUGGAAGAAACAGAGGAAGACCUGAGUGGGACUCAGUUUGUGUGUGAGACUGUAAUCCGAUCCCUUACCUUGGAUGCUGCUCCGGACCACAACCCACCUUGUAGGCAGAGGUCCCCACAGAGGGAAUUACAGCUGCAGACCACAGAGGAACAGCAACCGGUUAUGUUGCCUGGAUUCUGCAGAAAGGAUUCUUCCUUGAAAUUUGCCUUGCCUGAAGAAGGACCACUUGGAGAUGAGAGGGAAGAGAUUGUCCACAUUGCUGAGGAAGAAGAGGAGCUCCAAGAUGAAGUUCAGAGUCAGUCUUCUGCUUCCUCCGAAGACUAUAUCAUCAUCCUGCCUGAGUGCUUUGACACCAGCCGCCCCCUGGGGGACUCCAUGUACAGCUCUGCACUCUCACAGCCAGGCCUGGAGCGAGGGGCUGAAGGUGAACCUGGGAUCGAAGCUGGGCAGGAGCUGACUGAAGCUGGAGAGAGACUCCCUGAAGGGGAGAGCCAGCCACAGGAGCAGAGCAUCAGUGACAUCCUCACAACCUCACAGACUCUGGACACAGUGCCUCUAGUCCCCGAGGUGGUCGGACUUCCACCACCACUGUCCAGGAGCUCCCCUUGUGUACAGCACAGAGCCCCGGGAGUGGAUUCACCAGUUAACGUCCAAGAAGUUCCUCCCGUCGCCGAUGAGAUCCCAGGAGAGCCCAGAGGCUCAUCAGGACUGGUAAACAGCACACAGAAGAGCUAUGACCACUCAAGGCACCAGAAUGGGAGCAGCAUUGCUGGAGGACUGGUGAAGGGGGCUUUGUCUGUUGCUGCCUCUGCGUACAAGGCCCUGUUUUCUGGGCCACCAGUCACUGCACAGGUCAGUGUGUGGUUUCUUUUCCUUAACUUCAGCCCCUAAGUCACCAGUAAAAAAUGGCAGUGUCUUUCUGUCUGGAUUGGCAAUUAACAUGGCAUGGACUAUAUGUAGACUUAGUCUCUGAACACAUAGCCCUGCCAUUUCCUAUCUUUUUAAUCAAGUUCCUCUGGGGAGAAAAGGAAAAGAACCUGAGAUUUGCUGAAGGCCUACUGUGUGUGCAGAGCCACGAGUACAGAUGCUACUGGGUGCAUAAGACAGGAUCCCCAGGACAGGGUAGGUCACUUCCACCUGCUGGGACGGAGGCUUCCUGGAAGUCAGUAUCCAUCUGAAUGAGGCCUAAAGGACAAAGCAGGUGUUCCCCAGGAAAGAGUAUUUGAAUGCUGGAUGUGUAGUUCUCACCUGUAAUCCCAGCUACUGAGGAGGCAUAAAGAGUCUAAGUUCAAAGCCAGCCUGGACUAUACAGUGAAACCCUUCCUUAAAAUAAAAUUUUAAAGGGGGUACAGAUGUAGUUUGAUAAUGAUAGAACUCUUGCUUAGCACCCAGGGUUCAGUCCCUUUGUCAGGGGCUUGUUUCUUUGAAAAAUGAAGUAAGAGUAGCUAGCUAGUCAGAGCUGGAAGUGAGUGGGUGCUGAGUCAGGGAAAGGGAAGCUGGGCUUUAUUUUAAGGCAUAGGAAGUU